AAGAUGAAUUGCCCUCCUUCGUUUGUCGGCGCAACGUCUAUGAUGGAAGGAUAUCACGUUCAAAGAACGCAGCAGCCAGUGUACAGAUAUGCGACGGUUUCGCCGCAACCUCCACCGGUGCAAAUACCACGGCAGGGGACCGGCAUACUCAAGUACCCUUUCAGUUUUCAUAACACCCCGAAAGAACACUCCGUGAAGACCCUGCGGUUUGAGAUUGACCAGCCUGUCGUUCCAGUACCUGCUGCAGAACAAAGCGCAGGACAGCCUCCCUCAGUGACCGCAGCGGAAGGCACAGGCACCGACCGGUCCUCCAUUUCCCUCGCGAUUGCAAAUAGCGCAGACUCUGAUGAAACCGAGGACAGCCAGGCAGCAUCAUAUGGGGCAUCUCCAAAUCAAAGCACCGACCUGACUGGAACCAGUGUCAAAUCGUCCACCGCAACCUCCGGAGCUAGCGACGCCGAAUCCGGGGGCACCAGUGAUUCUUCUCGUACCAGCAGCGACAGCGUGUCUUCGCACUCGGUCCCGGAAGAUAUCAAGCGCUACUUCCGGCGUCACAACCGCAGCGCCAGCGAUGACUCAAGAACCAUGCCGACCUCUGUAGGCAUCGACGACGAACACAGAGGGGUGGUGCUGCCGCGACACUCGUGGCGAACAAUUUCACGCCGGUACGUGCUGCUGAGCAUCCUGGCCGCGCUAUUGACGCUAACGUUGGCUGGAAUCAGCGCCGACGUGUACGGUACGCUGUACCGCGGUAUCAAGGACAGAACGCCGGCAGUCCCGGAGGAGGACACCGUAGCUGCCGCCUUUCCUGAACGAGAGGCACGGGCAAUGCCUGUUGUUCCGCCCCAAAUGGUUUCUGGAAGCGUCGGGCCUUCUGAAUCUGUGACCCAGGAGAGCGAGUCUGACACUGAGAGUAUGAAUCCCGCAGAGGUAGGGCGAGAAACCGAGUCAUUGUCGGACGCGUCGGGAACGAACGAGGACGAACCCGGGGAAGCCGCCACCACGAUCGAAGGCGAUGACCGAGACGAGACGACUUCGGAGCCUGUAGAUAAUAAGGAAGUGGUUGGUGGCUGGAAGAGGGAAAGCGAAAUUCCACCAGCAUCCCUGAAAUCACGCAGGGGAGUAGCCUGCGAUGAGCCUGCGUUCACGUACUGCCAACGCCCACGGCGUGAGUUUUACUACGAGAACGCCAUCAGAGCCUGCGUGUCGACUGUGACUCGCCAGGUGGGGGUCUGCAUCCGCGGAGCCAACAAGUUCGACUCCAAGAGGAGCUGCCGGGAAGCAUGCGUCGAGAUGAGGCGGCCGUCGGAGCAGUGCUCCCAUGCACCGAACUUCAUGGAAUGCAAGAGUGGAGACGUUUUGGGCACGUGGUGGCACUUCGACGGGGAGUCGUGCCGGCGCUGGAACUUCACGUCCGGCCUGUGCCCGGCGCAUGGCGGCGGCGGCGCGUUCGUCUCCCGCGAGGAGUGCUUGGCCACGUGCGUGGGACGCCGCGGGAGGAGCCGGCUGUGCCGAGUCUCGAGCCGGCCGGAUCACUGCUACAGCGACCAGCUGCGGUUUCCGUACUUCGCUGUAGCCACAGAGGACGGAGACGAAAGGAAGCCGCUGCAUUGUCUCAAGGUUUCGUCCACCAACUACCACGGCAACCGCUGCCUUGUUGGUGACAACCGGUUCCAAAGCAUGAAGGCCUGCCGCAUGACCUGCGUCUCGAAUCGCAGUGAGACCGAGCUUCUGGGUGCAGGAGCACCAUAAUAUAUGGAGCUAUAGCGUCAAUUCUCUUUGUCUUAAAUUACGUGUGUGAAGUAGG